UCAGAACAAGCUCAGAGGCAGUGCGCGUGCGCACGGAGGAAGGAAGGCGCCAUCCGACUGCGGAACGAACGCCGUUGCGGAGAAACACCGACCAUAGAGUCUCGCGUUGGAGGAGGAGAACUGCAUAGCAUGGCCGCCGGUGAGCCAGAAUGGCAGCGCUGAUCGUUCGACGCUUCUUGACUCGCCCUCUCUUUUCCCUUCCCGGGUUGAGGUGCGGCUAUCGCGGGGAUUCGCCACCGGAUUCUGGCCGGGACCUGCUGGAGAUUCCACUGCCGCCCUGGCAGGCUAGGCCCCAUGAGCCGGUGGCAACCAAGCGUGCCAGGCUCUUGUAUGAGAGUCGCAAGAGGGGCAUGUUGGAAAACUGUCUUCUGCUCAGUUUCUUUGCCAAAGAAAACCUGAAAAGAAUGAACGAGCGACAACUGGACCUUUAUGAUCGCCUGAUUAAUGAGCCUAGUAAUGACUGGGAUAUUUACUACUGGAUAACAGAAGCAAAGCCGGUUCCAGAGGUCUUUCAAAAUGAAGUCAUGGAGAUGCUGAGAGAGUUCUCCAAGAACAAGAACAGAGAGCAAAGACUGCAACAACCGGACUUGGAGUGUCUCUUUGAAGCUCCACACUGAUCUUGUGUAGCAUUCUCAUUCCGGAUGUGAUUUGUAGAACCUUAUAUGUUGGAGUUCUGACCUGUCUGAAAAUGUUUCUUGCUGAGUCCUAUUCUUGUACAUUCUCCCAAUGGAGAGUAGUCAGAGCAGUCCAUUUUUCUUCCCUGUAGUAAAGUUUAAUAAUUUUUUUCCUGAAGAGGAAUGUCACUGAGACAAUCUGCAGGCAAUUUGGAUUUUGACCAAGGGUGCACUUCAGCAACACCUUCUGGCUAUUACAGGAUUGUUCAGAUAAAAAAACAGGGUGGGAUAUUCUGGUUUAUUUAAAAAUUCUGCUUUUAAUUUAUUGUUUAUUUUAACUGAAGUGUUAUGUUGCUUGAUCCUAAGACAGUUUAAUAUUAUACCAUAGAAAGAGGCUUCUAUCCCCAAAAAGUAUAACCUAAUGAGAAUCUUGUGUUUAUGGAAGUCAUUCUAGUAGAGGAUAGAGAAUUGUAUCCACAGAUGAAAUCCUGGCUCCAAUAAAAUAUUUAUUUACAAA